AUGAACACUUAUCCUUCUUUAUCUUUACAAGAAAGGCGUCAAAAUCUAACAGCUCUCAAUGCAUUUCGUGAAUUGAUUGAGAAACUUAAUCAAGCUACUCCUGAUCUCGAACCAUCCUUUCGAAGGUCUUGGAUUAGAAUCAUCAUCUUAGAUCUCGCUGCUCAAGGUUCUGGUAGAACUGAUUGGUCUUUUGAAACCAUUCACCAUGCACUUGUCACACUGAAACUCUUGGGUCGUUCUCCUGUCGCCACCGAUGACCUUGCUUCUCAUCUAUCCCUCUUCACUCGCUAUGCCAAUUUACUUCCAUUGCUUUCCCCUCAAUCCGAUGAGCCAUCAAGUUCGACCAAUCAAAGUCCACCUCCUUUCGAUCCCACCAUUGCCGAAGAAUCACUUCGGAUCUUAGCCAACACACUCUUCCUUCAUCCCUUGGCUCGUGGUUCUCCCGAUCUUUCACCGGCCUUGAGCUCACUUGUUGACUUGGCUCUCGCCAACACUCUUCAAUCUCUCUCAAACGAUGACUCUCCAACACAUCCUUCCUAUUCAACCACCAACGUCUUUCUCGCUUCUCGUACCUUGUUUCUCAUCACUGCUGUUCCGUCAGCUUUGUCAAUCGAGCUCAUCGAGAGUACCGCUCUCGUUGUUAAUCUCAUCCAUGCACUCAAGCUCGAGACACAAAUUCGGAUCUAUGGAGACUCGAUCAAACAGACUCAGAAUACUGAAGCUCAACGUAUCCCGACUGACGUGAUGAUCGAGUACCUAAAAUUCAUUUUCAACCUCAUGGUUCAGUACCCCAAGUCAAUCAAACAGUUUGGUCGACCAGCCGCUCCAAAUCUGUCCAACUCUCCCUUCCUCGCCUCCAAUUCAACCUUUAAUCCGAAUAUAUUUGGCGCCAGCUCUUCGGAUCCAAAGUUGAACAAGUCGCCUUCUUCCCUCUCGCCUGGUGCCAUUCAUACCAAAUCCCCAAGCCCUGAUCUGGGUGGUGCUCGAAGGCAGACCAUCAAACAACGCUUUGUCAAUCAGAUGAACCUUAAGAAAAUGAGUCGCAAGCCUAAGACUACUCAAGGUAAAGAAUUGGAGUUGGGUAGCAACCAGACUUUGGGCUUGAACUCACAGGAACAAAGGAGUGAUAUCAGUAGCUUGAGUAGCAGUUCCUGGCUGAGCUUGUCCUUUGAAGAUGAUGCUGUGUUCUGGAGUGAAUCGGAGAACAAAGUAUUCGCUGGUCUACUUCCCUAUUUGAUUCAGUUAUUCUUAUACGAACCACUCACAAAUCCGCCUAACCUCUGCCCUCCUCUCUCUUCUUAUAUUCAUACCUUUCUCAAUUUUCCAACUUGUCCUUCGUUUUACUUCACACAUUACAAACAUGAUUUUCAAUCGGAGCAGACGAUCCCGCCUUUGAUAACCAAGCUGCUGGAUGUUGUCGAUUCGGUGACCAAGUUUUAUUGUCCUGAUAACCCUGAUGCUUCAUCAGUGAAACAGCGAUGUGACCAACACAACAUGGACCUUGAUGUUCAGCUUACUCAAGUCAUGGUCCUCCUGCACCGGUUUGAAUAA